ACACAGGUGGUCGCUGUGUUCCCCGGCUUGGGCGAUGGAGAAUGGAGCCGUGUACCACCCCACCACCAAGGAGGACCCGGGCCCGGCCAGGGGCGCCCGGAGCGGCCUCGCCGCCUGCUGCAACCUGGGCCGGCUCCGGCUGCCCCGGCGCGUGCUCAAGGGCUUGCAGCUGUUGCUGUCUUUGCUGGCCUUCAUCUGUGAAGAAGUCGUAUCACAGUGCACUUUGUGCGGAGGACUUUCCUUUUUUGAAUUUGUAAGCAGCAGUGCCUUUCUCCUUUGUCUCCUUAUGCUGAUAGUGUACUGCACUCCGGUUUAUGCCAGAGUCGAUGCUGGAAAAGUCAAGUCCUCGGAUUUUUACAUUACUUUGGGGAUAGGAUGUAUGUUUUUGUUGGCGUCCAUCAUUUUCGUUUCCACGCAUGACCAAACCUCAGCUGAAAUUGCUGCAAUUGUGUUUGGAUUUCUAGCAAGUUUUAUGUUCCUGGCUGACUUUGCCAUUAUGGCGUAUGAGAAACGACAGGAGUCCCAGAAGAGAAAACCUGAGGCUACUGUUAGGGCAGAGGCCCUCACCGAGCCACUUAAUGCUUAAAGACCCGAGGGAGCAGGUGUUACGGAUGGCGGCGACUGCGUGGUACCUGAGCCCGGCAGAAGCACGUGUACUAUCUGUGUAAUUACUAAACCACUUUUGAAGAGCAAGGGGAAGCGUCAGAAGGCAAUGUUGUCAAUAUUGGACAGUAUGUUAGUCACCACAAGUUAGGCCAGGGUUGUUGUUUUUAUAUAUAACAUUUAAAACUUGUAUUAUGCAGUCUAUUAUUUUUGGGGUGGGGGGGGUGGGGAGGGCAGUUUCUUUAAAUCACAGCUCACUGAUAAAUUAUUCUGUCAUUGUUACUAGGCUUAGCUUUCAGAUGAUUCUUUAUAGCUAUAUAAACAGCAUGAUUAAGUUAAUCCAUUUAGAUAUUAUUUCAUUUUUAAGUUAAUUUGCUUCACUAUGAGGUUGUUUUUUGAUGAUUAGAUAAAAUUUAAUGUAUAUUUAAAUUUUAAAUAUUGGUCUAGGUUUUUUCCUUCAAAUAUAAUACUUAGGCUUUACUGUAUCUUCCUUGGCCUUAAAAUUAUAUUGUAGCAUUUUAAGACAAUUGUUAUAAGUUCUUUUGUUGCCUAAUAGAAAGAGUAUGGGAAAUGUUGGUAUUUUAUAUGUAUAACCCAAUAUUUAUACUGCACUUUGGUGGUUAUUGAUAUCAAGCGGGGGAAAAAAAGAUUUUUAUGUAACACAUAGAAAAAUGGAAGAAACUGAUAUCACACCUAAGGACCAAAGAUGAUAAAGGCAUACUUUUUGUGCAAUACAGUGAAAUUAUAAGAGCAGGCUUCAGCCGCUCACCAAGUGUCUGCAGAGGUGAGUUCAUACUGUGAGUGAGAGAGGGUUCGUUCUCCUAUUGGCACAUGAUUAUUUCUACUGAAAUCGAGGCGGCUCUGCAGGUCCUCCGCGGUGUGUUCUGUGGAGCCAGAUUCCGUUUUAAAACCCCAGCCUGUGAUUUUCCAUCUGUUUGAGAUGCUCGCGUUUCUGUCUCCGGACCAGAAUGGUCUGCACACUGCUUCCCCAUCAAGCAGCGGUGGGCCUCUGUCUCUUCCUUGUUGGCAGUGCCUUUCGGGGGGCCCAGGAUCUUGGGCUCUUUUGUUGCCUAGCGUGUUAACACAGUCCUUAGGGUUUUGUUCCCACAGAGGCACUGCUCUAGUUUCCCUUUGGAGGAGACCUUAAAGUGAACAUCUAGAGCAGGGGUGGGCAAACUUUUUGACUCGAGGGCCACAAUGGGUUCUUAAACUGGACUCAGAAGAAGGAGCUGCGGCCGCGUUUCCCGACGUUGCCAUGCUAACACUGCUGCUGGUGAAGGAGCGGAGGGGAGAGCAAGAGAACCUUCCGCUCUUUCGGCUCCGCCGGCCGAUAGAACAGCCGAACGGGCCGGAUCCGGCCCGUGGGCCGUAGUUUGCCCACAGCUGAUCUAGAGAAUCUUGCCCAGGUUAAUACUGUUGAUGGUAUAGGGAGUAGUCUUACUAUUCUCAAGAGACACUUCAUAACCAGUUCUGAUAAUCAGGAAGAAUUGUCGGCUGUUGGGUCCCAGACUAGAUCUUUCUUGUCCUCCUCUUAGAUUUUUGACUCAAGACUUUGGUGUUAAGGUGCUGAGCUGUGCGUCAGGUCCUGAAGGACUUUGGUGGAGGUCCCCCCGGCUAGGCAUCCUAGGUUUUCUGUCUGAAAAAGUGGAAUCGUGUUUCCAGUGAGGCAGUUUAAUGAUCCCAUCCUUUCUUAACUUCUCAUCUGCCUAUUGUAGACAGGUUUUAGCUACAUCAAUGUGGCUAAUGUGGUUCUCAAAAAUUAGUCCUGACGGCCAGGCACAGUUUCUGCUCUGGCUUAGUGACUCAGGACUUACCUAUCUGAAUCAGAGUUUGGAUGCUGGUGCUAGUGGCGAUGUCACCAAUACCUGCUUGGGAGAUAAGGAAACCAGUCAUGGAUGCUGAUGUUACUGGGCGUGCCAUCUAAGGGAAGAGAAAUAGCUGGGGCUUGGGCUCCAGAAUAAAGACUGGUUCAAAAAUAGCCAGCUUAUGGUAGGCAAGUUCUGGAAUUCCACAUCAAACUACUGUACCAUUGCCAUUGUAAACAUCACCUCAAUCCAGCUCGAGUUGACAGCAAACCAUCUGCACUACCUCGGCGCCCCCACCCCUGCAUUGGGUUUGGUGGCCUUGUCCUCAGCUGGCUUCACACACAGAGCUGGCAUGAGCUUAAGCCCUGGUUGUUCUGACGGUUCACUUCUGUUUGUUUUCUUGGCUUGGGACUGCUUAAUCUUUGCCUUUUCAGAAGGAUAAUAUAUUCACUGGCAUUUUUGGUCUCUCUGGAACCUUCCCUCACAUUGAUUUUUAUGGGACUUAUGACUGGUUAGCCUCCUUCUUCUAUUGUAGAAGAAAUUAGGAGUAAAAAGACCAUUGUGGUAAAUAAAAAAGUUCAAGGAGAACUUGAGACCAAAACCACGGUUACGUACAGGAAAAGGCAGACUCAGUAAACUCAAGGUUAAAAUAAUUAACACCUAUGAUAAAAUUGUUACAUUUUAUACAAAUAAACUGUUUAAAAUGGUUUUUAAAAAUCAUAAGGGAAAUGCUUACAACAUAACAAUUUUAUAUUUGCUGUACUUAUAUUCUGUUUUGGGACUGGGAAAUGUAUUUUUACAUUGUUUAUAGCCAAUCAUUUUUGUAUUUAUCAAUUGAAAUUCUUUGGGUCUUUUUUAUCUCUCUUCAUGUCAAAUUUUGUAGUCUUCUUUUUAAAUAAAUCCAUCUUAUUGUC